CGCGGUAACAGUAACGUUCAUUUUAUUGUUAUCUAUUAUAUUAUAUUUUUAUUUUUAUAUAAAUAUAAGACAAGUAGUAAUCAGUAUUAAUAAAUGGAUUCAUCAAUUGAGGAUGCACAUAUUUUACAAACACUAUCCGUCCACAGGAAUGAUGUCAAUAGUGUAGAUUUUGCGGCUGAUUGCACCCUCGUAACUGGCUCAGGGGAUAAAAGCGUAAGAGUAUGGAAGUGGCAUCAAGGAUCAGGAUAUGAACAAGUAUCCUGGUCUCCCUUGAUGGGUCACAAGUAUGGAGUUACUUGUGUUAAAGUAAGUCCGCAGUCGACGAUGUUGGCAAGUGCGAGCAUCGACGGGACAACGCAACUUUGGAAUUUAAGAACUGGUUCAAAAAUCCAUACGUUAGUUCAAACCGGAGGCGAAGCUGUUCGAGUCUGCCGAUUCGCUCCAGACUCAACUUUGCUGGUGACCGCGGGCGAUAAUGGACAAAUUUGUCUUUGGGAUCUUAUACGUAGAAAUUUGAUAAGGUCUCUUCAAGCACACGAAGGAGCUGUUCAGGGUGUCGCAUUUUCUCCGGAUUCAAAUUGGCUUAUAACCACGUGCACUCUGGGAGUUUUGAAAUUAUUUUCGUCAUUUGAAAUAGUCGAUUCAAGUGGCAGUCACAGUUUUGACCAAUCGAUAAAUGUAUUUGCUACUGUUGACGACGCACAUGAUCUUGGAGUUGUUUGCUGUGAUUUUUCAACUUGUCAAACAAUAACAAAUGAUAGAAUAAUUGAAAAAACUUAUCAAUUGGUAACUUGUGGAAAUGAUCACGAUGUUAAAUUGUGGGACGUCAGAGUUGCCGAGGGAAAAACUCAAACUCAGCCAAUAACUGCGUCCAUUAGUCUUGUAAGAGUAUUUGAAAAGCAUAGCAGCGCGUUAACUUGCGUAAAAUUCAGUUCAAAUGGUACUUAUAUUGUCAGCAGUGGUCUUGACAAAAUAGCUGUGAUAUGGGAAACAAAUACAGGAAAAAUAGUAUCAGUACUUCGAGCUCACAAACGUUACCUGGCAUGCUGUGCAUUCUCUAGGGACGGCAACGUCUUGGCCACCGGCUCCAACGACCGCAGUGUCAUCGUCUGGGACCUCACGGGCAACAAUCUGACCCUCGACUCAAAGUUAGUCCGUCAACCUGCGGCUCUGUCGCAAUCAGCGAUCGAUAACCAAGACAAUGAUCCAGCAAAUCAGGAACAAAAGUUUGUUAAUUACGCCGAAAAUUCUGGUAAUGACGUCACGUUGAUCGCGACCCUAGACGAUCAUGGUGGUGCUGUCAAUAGUGUUGCUUUCUAUGGUAACAAUUUACUAGCCUCAGGAUCUGGAGACAAACUCGUGAGAUUAUGGACCGGAGAAAGAGAAGAAGAAAUAGUUGAUACCGAAGACGGGGAGCAGAUAACGCAUGUUGAAUUAAAAUUUCUUGAUAAGAGUUUCAGUCCAAUAGACGGUCACAAGUACAGCGUAAAUUACGUCGAGUUCAGUCCUUGCGGGACGAUGUUGGCUUCUUGCUCUUUGGACGGUACCACCAUGAUCUGGUGCACUGAGAAUGGCGAAGAAGCACGAGGAUCAUUUGUAAAUUCCGGCACGGGGAUUCGUGUCUGUCGCUGGUCCCCAGACGGCACCAAAAUAGCGACUGCUGGAGAUGAUGAAAAGACAACGAUCUGGGACAUAAAUACCAUGGAGGAAUUACAAAUUUUUGAAGGCCACGCGGAUGCUGUGACAGCGGUAGCAUUUACUCCGGAUUCAAGUUACAUUAUCACGGCAUGCAGUGAAGGAACGUGGAGAAUAUUUGAGAUCUUCGGAGAUUCAAACGCACUGACUGUAUGCGACGCUCACGACCUCGGGGUUCAGGGAUGCGACUUUAGUCCAGCGACUUCUUCGCCAUUUACAGCAGGUGUUGGUUCCCACCAGCCGCCAACGAAUGAGGACGGCUGCAAAAGCUAUACCUUAGCCAGCUGUGGAAACGACUCGCUGGUAAAAUUGUGGCAGAUUAAAGUCCUGAAGAAAGAUAAGAGUGAUAAUAAUGAGUCUGAAGAUGAAGAAGGAUCCAAUGCCAAUCCAUUGGUGACUUUUAGAGAAAAGCGAGUGCUUACUGGUCACGGUGGGAAUGUUAUGGAUGUCAAGUUCGCGCCUUUUCAUGGUGAAAUUAUUGGUAGUGUUGCUACUGAUCGAACCGCUCGCAUAUGGAGUGUAAAUUCAGGGAUGUGUCUGUUUGUACUGGAAUACCACGAAAGUUUAGUUACUUGUUGUGCCUUUUCCGGUGACACAGCAUUAUUUGCUACAGGGGCUCUGGAUAAAACAGUAGCAAUAUGGCGGCUUCCACAGCAACUUAUAUCUCAAAGUAUUCUAAUAGACCAAUUACGAAACAAUAGGAAAAAUAUAAUUGAUUGGAAAACUGAGGAUAUUGUGAAAUGGUUAAUUGAAAUUGACUUGGGGGUGUUGGAGUCUCGUUUCGCUGCAUCACGUCUCAAUGGAAGACUUCUGCUGACUUUGCCUGACGAAGUUAUCAUCGCGCGGCUCGGGCUCAUAGACUACCCAAAUGUGCUUAAAUCAUUUAGGAACCAGCUGUACUGGCUAAAGCAGCAGGACAUCAACACCUCCAAUAGCAUUGACGAGGACACUGAGGUUCCUGAUGAAUAUCUGUGUCCGAUAACUCACGAAAUAAUGCGGGAACCAGUUAAGUGCUCCGACGGUUUUGUCUACGAGAAGGCGGCUAUCAACGAGUGGUUCCUCUGCGGCAAGUACACCAGCCCCAUGACGAACGAGUCUCUGAAUGACACGUCAAUUACUCCAGCAAUUGCUUUGAGAAAUGCCAUUUGUACUUUUCUUCACGGCGAGCGUUCCGAUGAUUAAUUUAUUUUUUAUAUUUUAUUACUAUAGGGGUGUGCGAAUCGUGUUCGAAUCGAAUAUAAUCGAUAAAUUUAAAACUUUUUGAAUUGUUCGUAAAUUUGCCUUUUUGACAUCUAUAAGAUAUCAGUUUUUAGGCUGUUCUUUUACAUAUCGAUAAGGCACCAAAAUGUUGACAAAAUGAUUAGAAAUUUAUGUCACCGGAAAAAUAUCUACUUAAAAGACUUGACACGAGAUCCGAAGUUUAAAUCGAAAAUUCAAAUUUUCAA